AGCAGGUGAAGCUCCUCCCCUGCAGGACGCACUUCUGCAAACGGCCGCACUCCGCAGAGGCCCAAAGAGCCAGACGCCCCGCGCUUCCCCCCCUUAUAUCCGCCCAAUGUCGAAACGCCGAGCAAGACAACGUUCGCGCGGUGAGUCCAUGGGGAUGCUGGGCCCUCCUCACGGUUUGGGGACUUUUUGGUCAUCCUCCGAGGACGUUGGGGAGCGGCUCGGGCCUCCGACGUCCCGGAGCAGGUUCCCAGAAAGUUCGUAUAGCACUCUUUUCCGGAGGUUGUGUUGGUUCAGCAUUGAUGUGUCGCCAAGCAUGAGGCAGUCGAUCUUCUCGAACGCGGCAUUGAUAUUGUUCGUUGCAGGUACUAGGUCUGCGUGGACCGCUGACUCGGGAACUUGUUCUGCAGAUUCAGAGGAUUGUGCUUCACAGACAUUGCUUGGCGAACUGGAGUCCGAACUGCAGCAUGUUGUGAAUUCAGCACUAGCUCAGCAGCGCUCGCAAGAUGCAGUUAACCACUCAGUGUUGAACGGCGUUUUGACUUCCAUCGCAAGCUCGGCUGUGUUCCAGGAGAGAAUAUGGUUGCGUCAACCUGUACGUGUACACCUUGGCCUAGAGGUGUUGGGAUCUGCAAUGUUUAAUAUGACUGACGCGACUGCACUCGUUGAGCGUGGACUUGUACGUGAUGGUGUCACUAACGCCUUCAUGAUGGAAGGAGUAAAAUCUGGCGAGUUCAGCAGUUUUCAUUUCGAUGUUCCUCAGGGCCGAUCUUUCCUCACGAAGAAAGAAGUACAUGCUGCUACAAAGAAAUCCACCUGGUUGAUUGGUCAGGCUCACACGCUGCACGCAGGGAUUGCCAAUGCAACCCUAGAGUUCCAGCAUGCUUUUGGGUUCCCAGCCAGCACAAAUAUAUACAUUACAAGGCAAAGCUUUGAAGUUUCGGCCCCUGUUCAUACGGAUCGCCAAGAUAGCUUCAUUAUCCAGACCAGUGGAGCCAAAAGGUGGACAGUUUAUUCCCCACCAGUUCACAUGCCAGUGUGGGGCGUGCACGGCGAGGCCCAGUGGGGAAAAGCUGGCGGAUCACUACCCGCGGCGGAGUGUGGCCCCAUCGUGUACCAGGGAGUGCUCACUGCCGGGGACAUGCUCUACUUGCCGCGCGGCUUCCCGCACCACACGAGCACGUCACUGGACACGAAGGCGAAGGCCUCGAUCUCGCUGACCGUCGCCGUGAUCACGGACAGCUGGAACCUCGUGCACGAGAAGCUCGUCCGCUGCGCUCUGGGCGCCGCAGGGCUGUGCGGCUCCCCGCCGCCGGUGGCGUGCCCGAUGGGGCCUGCGCUGACCAGAUACGCGCGCACAUCGGAUGGCAGUGCGUUGCGCUCUCCACUGCCUCUGGGGUUCCUGGCGCCCUCCGCCAUGAGCGUGUCCGCCUGGCUCGACCACACCGUGGACCUGCUGGAGCCGCACCUGCGGCGCUUCCUCGACGAAGCAGCGGCCGACGGCACCCUGGGAGAGGCCUGGGCAGACGAGGAAGGCAGGCCUGCAGGCAUCGCGCUGGCGCAGGCCAUCAGGAGGAUAGCGAGGAUCUUCUGGGAUGAGCUGCCGACCGCGCUGGCGAAGCUCGAAGCCACCUUCGCAGGGCAGAACGAUCACAUACCGUUUCCCGAAAGGCAGGCGCACUGGGACGAAGUCUUCCGAGCGCGGGCGCAUCCGCUCGGUGAUCUAUUUGACUGCCAUCCGCAAGGUGGCAUGCCGAUCUAUUCUGACUACCCGAACUUUAAUCGAGCCGGGGAGGAAGACGAUUUCACCAGGAAGCUUCGUGCUCUAGCCAGGUGAUGCCUACAGUGAGAGCCGGAAAACGACAGGUCAGGGAAGCGGGGACUUUAAUCGAGCCGGGGAGGAGGAUGGUUUCACCAGGAAGCUUCGCUUUCUAGCUAGGUGAUGCUUACAAUGAGACAUCUCCGGAGCCUCUCAGGAGCCUCUCAGCAUCCUCUCGG